AUGCAAUCUGCACCCUUCCUGGCUCUCUUGUUGGCUUCUUUGGCCGCUCCAGUCUACGGCACCUUCUGGGGCUGGGGAGGAGCUUCCCCCGUGUCGCCACCUACGGUCAAAAAGGCCGUCGUCGUGUUGCAGGGCACUGGGACCGCCUCGGGUAUCGUAUAUUUCGAACAGCCACAUAAAUUCGCUCCAGUGAAGAUCACUGGCAACCUCACUGGCCUGGACGCCAACUCGCUGCGUGGAUUCCAUGUUCACCAAGCUGGAGACACCAGCCAGGGAUGCGGCUCUGCUGGUCCUCAUUUCAACCCCUUGAACAAGAAGCAUGGCGGCCCAACUGACAAAGAAAGGCACGUUGGUGAUCUCGGCAACAUUCAAACCAACGAAGAAGGCGUGGCCAUCCUCGACUUCCAAGACAAGGUCAUCUCAUUGAACGGGCCUUUCAGCAUCGUUGGUCGCGCGGUUGUUCUUCACGCUGGCACCGACGAUCUCGGUCGUGGCGGUCACAACGAUUCGUUGACGACCGGUAAUGCAGGUGGCCGAUCUGCUUGCGGUGUAGUUGGCAACUAUCGUCGAGUAAGCCUGUAAUAUUCGCGUUUCUUUAGGAUGAUUUUCGGGACAUAAGUUGUACUUGAAUGACGAGCCCAGAGGCGGGGAUAAUGCUACAUCCUCGCGUAGGAUAAACUAGCCAAACGGAGGCUAGAUUAUGGACUUCCUUCUUUCACGAACCCUUCAUGAACUCGAAAUGUAACAGAUUUCCCAACGAACUUUGACGCUUGAAUACUUUAGCUCGGACAUUUGACCCCUCCAAUCAAUUAAAACAAUCUGUUGCGA